AAAUUUGAAAAUGCAAAUAUUGAAUGAUCAUAUAAUUCUACGGAACAUCAAAGAUUCAUCAGAAAACUGUAUGAAUCUUUGGAAUCUUAAUGCCACAUAAUCCUCUUUAAUACAUAUUCAGAUCACAUAUAUGUUGGGUUUUUAUUUUAUUUUUAAAAACUCAAAUGGCGUAAACAUUUUUAUUACUAUUGUUUUAUAAUCAAGUGGCGUGGGUUAGAUAAUAAUUAAGCUUAGAAAGUAGAAACAAACACGGGAAUUGACUUAUAGGACACGAUUUAAUUUAUAAUAAAAUCUUCUCCUUCAUUGGGUGACCAAAUAUAUUUACUAUAUUUAGGUGAGCAAGUGAGGAUGGCAUUAGUCAUUAGAUACCAAAUCUCUAGUUUGACAUUUACAAAUCUCUAGUUUGAGAUGAAAAUAAUAUAAAAAUACGGAUAGGUGAAAGUGGGACAUUUUGUAAAUCAAGUUCAACUUCACCGUGUAAUAUAUAGUUUUAUUUAAGCUAAAUAAUUUACGCUCUUAUGUUCUUUUUCCUCAGAAUCAAUUAAGAAAACUAAUAACAUGUAGCGAACCGGUUUUAUCAGAAGAUAAAUAAACGGUCAACAACGGCUAUUAUGUAUUGGCUAAAUCUCUUUACAUCACAACAUUAACAAAUUGAGAUUUUAUAACUCACAAAUCUUGAUAUUUCAUUAUCGAGUAAUUACAAAAUGGGCAGUUACGAAUGCAAGUUUAUUAUAAUGCUACACCACAAUCAAUACUCUAUAUAUGAUAAAGGGAUGAAAAAACAAUCCUUCUAACGUCUAAAUAAGUAAUGACUUCAAAGAAAAAAGGAAGCACUGGACGGCAAAGAAUACGGAUGGCUAAGAUAGAGAAAGAGAGCCACAGGCAAGUAGCAUUCUCCAAACGCAGAGCUGGUCUCUUCAAGAAAGCUAGCGAGCUAUGCACUUUGUGCGGUGUAGAGGUCGCAAUAAUCGUAUUCUCACCCGCCAAAAAGCCUUUCUCGUUCGGGCAUCCAAGCGUCUACUCCGUGCUGGACCGGUACAGGAACAAUACUUCUUUUCAGCAGCAAAGUCAACCGCGGGAAAACACAGCAACGCGGAGCGAGUUGAGUUUGGUGUUGAGCCAACUGGAGGAAGAGAAGAAGAAAGGUGAGGAGAUGAGGAAAGCGAGUGAGAUGGCUAAAUGGUCGGUGGAUGAAAUGAGUUUGCUUCAGUUACAGGAAAUGAGAUAUGCGCUAGAGGAGCUGAGGAAGACAAUGGUGGUGCCUCCUCCUUCUUACAUGAACUCAAUGUCUACUGGUUUUUCUUGUAUUUAUAAUUCAAGCUAUGUACAUGCUUCUUCCCGAGUCACAUAUAAACUGUGAUAAAAAGGAA